AAGCCAUGAUAAUGCAGGAGGUGAGCCAAGUAAAUGCUGGGUUCUGGGUCACUUUAUAGGGAUUCAUGGGGAGUUCACGGCGGAACAGACAAAAUUCUCGGUGAGUGCAUGGUAAUUUCCUACAUGAAGAACCCAAGGGGCCUCAAGGGAUCUAAAAGGAAUUGUCGAGGUAGAAAUUAGGCUGACUCCAGCCGACUAGGCUAUUUAAGGGGCGAGCCGGACCGAGAACGCAGCGGCUGUUUGCGCCCCUCCUGCCUCCCGCGCGGCCAGCACCGGUCCUUGACAGCCAUGAGCCGCCAACUGACCCGUUUCCCCGGCGAGGAGCGCCUGGGCUUCAGCGGCUGCUCCGCGGUCCUUUCCGGCCGAAACGGCAGCAGCUCCGCCUCAUUCCGGGCCGGGGUCAAGGGCUUGGCCUCCUUUGGCAGCAAGAGCCUCUUCUGCCUUGGGGGCAGCCGGCGCCUGGCUCUCAGCGCUGCGGCGGGGCGGGGCGGCGGCCGCCUGGGCGGCUUCGUGGGCACCGUCUUUGGCAGCGCCGGGCUGGGGCCCGCGUGUCCCUCCGUGUGCCCGCCCGGGGGCAUCCCUCAGGUCACCGUCAACAAGAGCCUCCUGGCCCCGCUCAACGUGGAGCUGGACCCCGAGAUCCAGAGGGUGCGCGCCCAGGAGCGGGAGCAGAUCAAGGCGCUGAACAACAAGUUCGCCUCCUUCAUCGACAAGGUGCGGUUCCUGGAGCAGCAGAAUCAGGUGCUGGAGACCAAGUGGAACCUCCUACAGCAGCUGGACUCGAACAACUGCAGGAAGAACCUGGAGCCCAUUUAUGAGGGCUACAUCAGCAACCUGCGGAAGCAGCUGGAGACGCUGUCUGGGGACAGGGUGAGGCUGGACUCGGAGCUGAGGAACAUGCAGGAUUUGGUGGAAGACUACAAGAAGAGGUAUGAGGUGGAGAUUAACAGACGCACAGCUGCUGAGAAUGAGUUUGUGGUACUCAAGAAGGACGUGGAUGCUGCUUACAUGAACAAGGUUGAGCUCCAGGCCAAGGUGGACUCCUUGACAGAUGAGAUUAAAUUCUUCAAGUGCCUUUAUGAAGGGGAGAUCGCUCAGAUCCAGUCCCACAUCAGUGACACGUCCGUCAUCCUGUCAAUGGACAACAACCGGAACCUGGACCUGGACAGCAUCAUUGCCGAGGUCCGUGCUCAGUACGAGGAGAUCGCCCUGAAGAGCAAGGCUGAGGCUGAGACCCUGUACCAGACCAAGAUCCAGGAGCUGCAGGUCACAGCAGGCCAGCAUGGGGAUGACCUCAAGCUCACCAAGGCUGAAAUCUCUGAGCUCAACCGCCUGAUCCAGAGGAUCCGCUCAGAGAUAGGGAAUGUGAAGAAGCAGUGCGCCAAUCUGGAGACGGCCAUCGCGGACGCCGAGCAGAGAGGGGACUGCGCCCUGAAGGACGCCCGGGCCAAGCUGGAUGAGCUGGAGGGCGCCCUGCACCAGGCCAAGGAGGAGCUGGCACGGAUGCUGCGUGAGUACCAGGAGCUCAUGAGCCUGAAGCUGGCCCUGGAUGUGGAGAUCGCCACCUACCGCAAGCUGCUGGAGGGCGAGGAGUGCAGGAUGUCUGGCGAAUAUCCAAAUUCUGUGAGCAUCUCCGUCAUCAGCAGCACCAGUGCUGGGGCAGGAGGGGCUGGCUUCAGCAUGGGCUUUGGCACCUCGAGCAGUUAUAGCUACAAAACUGCAGCUGCAGACGUCAAGACCAAAGGCAGCUGUGGCAGCGAGCUCAAGGAUCCCCUCGCCAAAACCUCGGGGAGCAGUUGUGCCACCAAAAAGUCCUCCAGAUGAUGGACAAGUGGUUGGCUCUGUGAGCAGAAGGCUUCCCAAUCCAUCCAUUUCCUCCCUCUCCUUCCCUGGGCUCCCUUUCCAAGUCAAGAAAUGCUUUGUCUGUCACUACAGUCCCAACUCCAUUUCCUCUCCCUGUUGUCCUCAAGGUGUGAUGCUUCGAUGCAAGGAGUCCAGUCAUGAGCUCUCUCAGUGGCCUCCUUCUUAGUCCCGUUUCGUUGGGUCAUUGCCUGAAAUGCAAAGACAACACACGUACCCAGGAUGCUUCCCCAUGGCCAGCUACAAGCCCCUCUGCCUCCAUGCCUUUCUAGGGCCUUUGCUGCCAAGGGACUCUCUUCAUCUUCUGAUUGGGAUUGUGUCCAGUCCUCUACUUCUCCUGCAAUAAAUGAGUAAAUCUG